CAAACGACGUUUAUGACAGUGACUUACAUGUAGUGUGUUGUGUACGUAUCGUACCUAACAUUUCAAUUAAUUUUGCAUUUUGAAAACAAUUAUUAGGUUUCUGAUACAAACAGAAAUUGCAGCAGCACAUGUAAACGCGGCAACUAGAUUUUGCAAACCGGAACUUGAUUAAAAUCUUAUAACUCUGUAAUAUGUGUAAUUUGUGACUUAUUCGUUGCCAAGAGAUUUAAUCAACAAUUUUGUGUGGUCCCAAUUUUCCUCACAAACAUUCAAAAUAUUUAAUAGCAUUAUAGAAAUCGAGAUGUGUUGGCAACGUGAUAUGAGUGAUAUCCUAGCGUGAAAUAUUUUUCAUGUAGUAGGAUCUGUUUUAAACAAUACAAGAACAUCCCAAGCACAUCAGAGAGCGGCGGAGGCGGCAUGGUGCGCGGCGCGCGCUGGCGGCUGCUGGGCGCGCUGGCGGCCGCCGCGCUGCUGCUGUGGGCGUGGCGCGGCGGCGGCGGGCCGCGCGCGGGGCCGGUGCCGGGCCGCGAGCUGCCGCUCAUCUUCAUCGGCGGCGUGCCGCGCUCGGGCACCACGCUGAUGCGCGCCAUGCUGGACGCGCACCCCGACGUGCGCUGCGGGCAGGAGACGCGCGUGGUGCCGCGCAUCCUGCAGAUGCGGCAGCACUGGGUGCGCUCGCAGAAGGAGAGCGUGCGGCUGGAGCAGGCGGGCGUGUCCAAGGCGGUGCUGGACAACGCCAUCGCCGCCUUCUGCCUGGAAGUGAUCGUGCGCCACGGCGAGCCCGCGCCGCGCCUCUGCAACAAGGACCCGCUGGUGCUUAAGAUGGGCACUUACGUGCUAGAACUCUUCCCCAAUGCCAAAUUUCUGUUCAUGGUCAGAGACGGCCGGGCCACCGUCCAUUCCAUAAUCACGAGGAAGGUGACGAUCACGGGGUUCGACCUGUCGUCGUACCGGCAGUGCAUGAGCAAGUGGAACCACGCGGUGGAGCUGAUGUACCAGCAGUGCCGCUCGCUGGGCGCGGGCCGCUGCUUGCUGGUGCGCUACGAGGCGCUGGUGCUGCAGCCGGCCGCCACGCUGCGCCGCGUGCUGGCCUUCCUGGGCCUGCGCUGGCACGACGCCGUGCUGCACCACGAGCAGUACAUCAACAAGCCCAACGGCGUCGCGCUCUCCAACGUGGAGCGGUCGUCGGACCAGGUGGUGCGGCCGGUGAACCUGGACGCGCUGGACAAGUGGGUGGGGCAGCUGCCCAGCGACGUGCGCGCCGACAUGGCGGAGCUGGCGCCCAUGCUGUCGGUGCUGGGCUACGACCCGUGGGGCAACCCGCCGCGCUACGCCGCGCUCGCCAGCGCCGCGCCCGCCGACCACGACGAGCCGCAGCCGCAGCCGCAGCCGCAGCCGCCCUAGGCUAGCCUCUCAUAAUAUAUGUAUAUAAUAUAUUCUAAUUACACUCUUUGUUUAAAUUCCACAC